AUCUCUCUAAUUCGCAGUUUGGUGUUUAGAGUUGUGUGAUAGAUGAGACUGGCGCCUCUAGACGGAACAGUGUGUGCACAUAUCCCUGGCCGUGACGCAACAACCAUCUCAUAAGCAGCAUGAUGUUACUACUUGUGGUAAUAACCAUUAUAUUAGGAUGCACAGUUAAUGCCAGUCCAAGACAUAUACGGCAAAUAGAUUCAACUAAUGUGGUCAGUGUGACACGUUUUGCAAAAUAUGACGUAGUUGUUACUCACACCAGACUCGGAGACUGUUCCUAUAAAAUAGAAUUCAUAAGAGCCGACACCACCACAUCAGUGCUUGCCCAGGACAUAAUCAUUCACUGGGCAAUCGAUGACAGUGUUUACUUAUUGGAGGUGCCAGUGGUAACUGGCUCCACUACGAUUGAAGCCGGCAAACAGUCUGCGGAAAUCUUGUGGACUCCUCCUAACGGGUUUGUACCACCAUAUGAUGUGACCGGCGUGACACAGAUAACAAACGAUGAGGGAGGAACUGUGGACCAGCAUCAGAUAGACGACGGAGUCUGCACCCCAGGCAGCACUCGUGGAGAUCCACAUAUGAGAAGUUUUGACGGACAUGGUUACAGCUUCCAGGGGCUUUGCUGGUACACAUUAGCAAAACAUUGCACAGAGAAUCCAGACUUUGAAGUUACUGCAGAAUUCGCCCCAAGACCUUCAAGUGGUGAUGAAUUGAAAACACGCGCCGUCAGGUUAAAUGUGACAGUCGGUGAUGAGCGUUUGAGCAUGGAUACAACAAAUGAAGUUUUGGUAAACGAUGUUCCGCUUUGGGCGGCAAAACUGAAUGGUAGCCCUGUGAACUUUGAAAUUAUUACCGAUCCCGCUAUGGUGGGUGUGAAAAUAGAGCGUUUCAACAUGGACAUAUUAUGGGAGGGGCGCAAGCAUGCAUUCAGCGCUGUUGUGAGUCACCCCGACUACCAUGGCAACAUUUGUGGUCUCCUUGGCAACGCGGAUGGUGAUCCACUGAAUGAUUUCCAGAAGCCAGAUGGCACGCGCACCACGCAUGUCAACGAAUUUGGAGAAAGCUGGAAAGUUAACGAAAAAACGUGUGAAUACUGAAGGACGUCCUAGACUAUAAAAUUUAGAUUCUUCAAUAUAUCUGAUUACAUAGAGCUAUUUAUGCACAAUUUUGCUUCUGGAAUUAUUUUCUGCCGCUAUAUAUUAAGGGAAUAUAAUCUUGUUUUAAUUUAUCUGGUUUGUUAUUUCGCGAUGUAAAACAAAUGCAUGAUGUUAGUUAAAUAUUAAUUAAAGAUAUUAAGUAAAGGUGUA